AUGCCUCUUUUCAUAGUUGAAUCUCUUAAUUAAGCUUUCAUUGGUAAACUCUCAAUUGUUGUAUUAUUUAAAGUUUCAACUGCUNAAGAUACUCCAGGUUUUAAGAUUUCUCCAAGAGGAGCAGGUUUUGUAUUUGGAGGAUAAGUUCUUAAAGAAUUUCUACAUUUCAAUAAUAUGACCCAUUUAAUAAGAGCUCAUUAAUUAUGCAAUGAAGGAUUUAAUUUAAAAUUUGAAGACAGAUGUAUUACUGUUUGGAGUGCUCCUAAUUAUUUAUAUAGGAAUGGUAAUCUUGCUUCAAUUCUUGAAAUUGAUGAAUUAGACAAUCGUUAUUUCAAUAUUUUUAGUGAAAGUCCAGAAAAUAUGAAAAAAGAUUUAGGUACUAAAAGCAUGAUGCUUGGUGCUGAUAAGAAUUAUUUUAUAUGA